AUCUUCGAGAAAGUAACAACGAUUCGAUUAUAUCCUCCACGCCCUCUAUAAAGAAUACCAUCCAUCAAAGUAAAAAAAGAAAAAAAAAUCCUUCAAGUGCGCCCGAGGCCUAGCUAGCUCACCUUAACACCCUCCCUCUUUUUAUCCCUUCUUUCUCUUACAAAUCAUAUUGCGAUGACCAUCAACAUUUAACGUUAAAUAAUCCCCCUUUACUUCUCUUUCUUUUCUUCUUUUUGUUUAUUUUUCACCAUCCUUUAUGCCCUAGGUAUAAGGCGAACAAUCAAUCAUGAGCGGAGGUAGUUCUUUGCUGUUUAGAACUCUGUUUGGAACACUUAUAGUUUUGGGUUUUAUCUUGGGUAUAUCAGUUGGGUUCCUAAAAAGUGAAGGAAAUGAAAAGAAGACAACAAUAACGAGUGAUGAUCAUCAGUCAUCGACAACGACGGCAAAGGUGCAGCACGAGGAGGAGCAAGUGAAGGUAUUAGGUCAAAGAAAGUCAAAUGUGGCGCAUCCGAAGCAGGAUCUCAACUACAUGAGCAAAAGAAGAGUUCCAAAUGGACCAGAUCCUAUACACAACAGGCGAGCUGGCAACUCGGGACGACCGCCGGGACAAGUCUAGGCAUCAAAGUAUGGGUUUGGGAAGUUUCAAAUCAGCCAAAGUGCUAAAAGACCGAUGAUGAUAGUGACCACAAAAGCCAGCAUAUUUUAUGCAGUAUAUCUUGUAUGUAUUUUUAUUAUUAUUAUUAUUUUUUUUUGGGGGGGGGGAGUAGGACUAUAAAAUUAAUAUUGAAAUAUAUUUGAAAUUUCGAAAUAAGCUUGCAAUACAUGCAUGUGUAGUUCUUUACUAGAAAGACUUAUUGUGGAGAGUGGAGUGCUGGGGCUGUGGUAGAGGAGUAAACAAAUGGAAGCUUGUUCCAUACUACAAAAUAUGCUCAUCAAAAGCAUCUAGUAAAUCCUUUUGUAUCUACUUUUUAAGUGUUUCAUAAAAGGCAAUAUUUUAUUAAUUGGUUGCUAAA